GGCGAGACUGCGCGUAGUUUGUACGUGUCAAGGUUAAUUUACAAAAAACUAUGGAUCCAUUCUUUAUUGAGUGUGUAAAACAACAUCCUUCGCUUUGGGAUACUUACCAUCCUUCUUACAGACAUUUAAAAGUGCGAGAUGCGGCUUGGAAAGACGUUAUAAAGAAAACUAAGAUCGGGAGCGUUGCAUUGGCAAAGUCGAAAUGGAAAAAUUUACGAGACACGCAUCGUGAGGCACUUAAAAAUACAAGAAAAAGGAAUCACUGUAAAACCUGGAAAUAUAUGAGUAAAAUGGAAUUUUUAAUACCACACAUGUCCAAUAGGCAAAAAGAAACAAACUCACCACCACCACAAGAUUUAUCGAUGGAAGCAGAUGACACGGUUAGUUCUGACCAUACUGAUAAUACGGAUAGUGUAAUUGUUGAUACAUUACCAUUGCCAUGUAAAACAACGAAGGUUGAAUUGUGUACUGAUGAUGACGACUUGUUCAAGUUAUAUAAAAAAAUUGAGAAUGAACGAGAACAACGGACGAAACAAAGGGAAGAGUUACGACAAGAAUUGUUUUCGGACGAUCCAUUGAAAUCAUUUUUUGAUUCUAUGUAUAAAAGUACGAAACAAAUGCCGGAAUAUUUUCAGAGAUCGAUAAAGAGAAAGCUGUUCCAAUUAGUUAUGGAAGCUGAAGAUAAUAUUUCGAGUGGUCUAAAUUGUCAGAUUUCAGAUUACAAUCCGAAUGAUAGUGCAGAACAAUCACAUUCUACUCAUCUGACAAAUGAUUCUUCUGUACAAGUUCCUAGUAAUGUUUAUUGCGUGCCUAAAGCCGGCGGUCCUUCUUCACAGCAACUUUCAUUUGGGGUAUUUGUGUGUAAUAAAAGAAGAAACUCUGACCCUGAUAUAACGCCAAGCGAUAACGUUAUCAUUUGAAAUUUCACGUCGUGCCAAAAUACAAUUAUUAAUUUAAUUCUUUUAUAAUAAAAGAUAUAAUUUUUUAUCAAUAUAUAAUUUUGAUAUUUUAAUUUACGUCUCUUGUAAUAAAGCUUGUAAAUAUUAAAAUUCUUGUUAUUAUAUUUGAUUAAUUUUGCAUUCACAAUGCUAUCUUGGUCUUCUUAAUGAAAAAUCUCAGAGAACCUGGGGCAGAGUAUUUUUUAAGCAUUUCUUUAAGAAUAUUAAAAUUCUUAUCAUAUUACUUCAAAAUUAUUCUGAAGCAUGAUCCUAAUAGGGAUAACGACAAUUUUUUGUUUGUUUGUCCGUCGGGUAGAUUGUUGAAAAAUAUUAAACACUUUUUUUCGUAAUCAUCAAUUAAAUUACGACGAUAAAUUGAGUUAAAAUGUCACAUGAUGCUUUGGUAUAUUUUCUACAAAACUGUGACGAAGCGAGUCCCCACUCCUCAGCUUUAAUGCAUGUUAUCUAAGUUAUUUCUUCUUAAAUGAGGCAGCAUUUUGAAAAGAAAGAAAAGCACUAAAAAAGCAACUCACUAGAUGGCGACUCUAGCAAAAGUUGAUUUUUGCAGGAAACGGAUGUCCCAAAGACAGUCACUUCCGUUUCUUUUAACUAAGUACAAAUAUAAUAUGAGUUGUUUAUUGAGUUUUGAAAACUGAUUUACUUUUACGAGUAUAUAUGAAAAAAAAACCGGAAGGGUUGUCAUGGAGAAAUCAAGAAUGUACCGUAGCGACAUCUAGUUUGGUUUCGGGAACUAAUGAUUUUUUUUUAAAUACUUCUUCAUUGAAGUAAAAAAAAUGAAUCUAAUAUUAUUAAAUUAUCUCAUUGACGGACUAAGUAUUAAAAUUAGAAUUAUUAAUUAGUAUUAGAAUUACUUUGUUAAUUACCCAGUCGUCAUCCUUAUUCUGAAGGUUAGCCCGAAAAACUAGAUUGAAAACAGUUUUCUUUUGUUAGUCCUUUUUUAUUACAGAAAAAACGAUUUAUCAUAC